AUGUCUCAAUUGUCCAGUCCGGUUCAUGAUUCUUCAAAGGAGACAACUUUGGGCGCCGUUGGCUCGACGGCGGAAGAGUCCACUCGCGAACCUAUCCUUGAUACGUUGAAAGAUCUUGUCGAUGCAUUGCAAGUGAUGCAAGACAAGUAUUUUGUGCUCUGGCAAGGUACAUGGCCGACCAGCAUCGAUUGGACCGCCGCUGUGUUGGGAACACAUGUUUCCGCGGCGUUGUCAUCUCUGACCUCUGGGCCGCUUGAUAUCCCCGACACUAAUGAACUGCAUGAAGGGCUGUCCUUCUUCACGCUUGAAAACACGGUCAGUCGAUUCUUCAGUCAGACUUCUGCGUUCUAUUUUGGCGAAAACGCUUUCAGUAUCAGAAACCAGGCAUACGAUGACAUGCUCUGGGUCGUGCUGGGAUGGUUGCAAAAUAUCAAGUUCCAGGAGCUUCACUCGGAUCUCCACUAUAUGUCUUUAAAUGCCAGCUCCGAACAACUGUGGUAUGGCACCCAGUUCCGUGUGCCUGCUGCGCACCGAGCACGAGUCUUCUAUGAACUUGCCUCCGCCGGCUGGGACAAGGUCCUCUGUGAUGGCGGCAUGAUCUGGAGUCCCUACCUGAUGCCAUACAAAAACGCUAUUACAAACGAGCUCUAUAUCUCUGCAAGUAUUGAGAUGUACUUGUACUUCCCGGGAGAUCCCAUCGACGCCCCGUUUAUUGUCAGUUCAGACGGCGGACAACCGUCACGAAAGAACCCACACGACCCUGCUCAUCUCAAGGCUGCAGUCGAUGGCUAUGCCUGGCUCAAGAAUUCGAACAUGACUGGUAUCGGCGGCCUCUAUGCAGAUGGCUUCCAUAUCAGUGGCUGGCAAAGUGCAUCGAAUCCUGGCUCGCGCAAAUGCGACCAGCUCAACACCAUGGUGUAUACCUACAACCAAGGAGUCAUUCUCAGCGGGCUGAGGGGGCUCUGGCUUGCGACCAACUCACGGGACUAUUUGCGCGAUGGCUAUGAGCUGAUCGACAAAGUACUACAAGCCACGGGGUGGCCGUACAUUUCCAGCCAGCAAUGGCAGGGGCUUGGCCGCGGAGGCGUGCUAGAAGAGGCGUGCGAUGCUAGCGCAACUUGUUCCCAAGACGGACAGACCUUCAAGGGAAUAUUCUUCCACCAUUUGGCAGAAUUCUGUCAGCCCCUUCAGCCACGGGAGAAAAGGUUUCUGACAGACGCAGACCGCAGCCCAGCAAAGGAUGACUGGAGCGCAGUUUAUGAGCGACAUCUGGAGCAUUGUCGCACCUACGGCCCUUGGAUCGAGCACAAUGCGCAGGCCGCUCUGGUGACUCGGGAUAGUGAAGGAAAUUUUGGGUCCUGGUGGGGUCGUAAAUACCGUCGGCUUGAAGCAGACGCGAUUGUGGAUAGCAGCACUAUACCGGAUGGGGCUGUUGACUACCGCAAUGCCGAUCGUGGCUCGGUGUCUCUGGCUGCGAGCUUCAGAACGAACGACUACAAUGAUCGUGGCCGUGGUCGCACGGUGGAGACACAAUCUGGUGGUAUUGCUGUGUUGAGAGCCUUGUACCAGUGGCAAUCCUAUGAUGCCCUGCCAUGA